GUCGACUCUCUUCGCCUCUCCCUCAAUGUCGCUCUCCAACAAACUAGCCAUCAAAGACCUCGACCUCAAGGACAAGCGUGUCCUCAUCCGGGUCGACUUCAAUGUCCCCAUGCAGGAUGGAAAAAUCACCAACCCCGCACGCAUCGUUGCAGCUCUUCCGACCAUCGAAUACGCCCUAAAAAAGGAUGCCGCCGUCGUUGUGCUCAUGUCUCACCUCGGUCGUCCCGAUGGUAAAGUGGUUGAAAAAUACUCCCUCAAGCCUGUCGCAGACGAGGUAGAGAAACAACUCGGAAAACCGGUCACCUUCCUCUCCGACUGCGUUGGCUCCGAGGUCGAGCAGUCUGUAAAGUCAGCCCCUCACGGUUCUGUCAUCCUACUCGAAAACUUGCGCUUCCAUAUCGAGGAAGAAGGCUCCGUCAAGCACAAGGAUGGAACCAAGACCAAGGCUGACCCAGCGAAGGUGACGGAAUUCAGAGCAAGCCUUACCAGACUGGGUGACGUCUACGUCAACGACGCCUUCGGUACUGCACACCGUGCCCACUCCAGUAUGGUCGGCAUUCAGCUCCCCGAGAGAGCUGCUGGCUUCCUCGUCGAGAAGGAGCUCGAGUACUUUGCAAAGGUACUCGAAAGCCCAGACCGUCCGUUCCUGGCUAUCCUCGGUGGGGCUAAGGUGUCCGAUAAGAUCCAACUCAUCGAGAACAUGCUCGACAAGGUUAACUCCCUCAUCAUCGGUGGCGGUAUGGCGUUCACGUUCGCCAAGGUACUUGAAAACGCGUCGAUCGGAAACUCCUUGUUUGACCAAGCUGGUUCCGAAAAAGUACAUUCCCUCGUCGAGAAAGCAAAACAGAAAAACGUCAAGCUCGUCUUUCCGGUGGACUUUGUCACUGCUGACAAGUUCGACAAAAAUGCCGAUGUCGGGUAUGCCACUUUGGAAGAAGGUAUUCCUGAUGGUCGCAUGGGUCUCGACGCUGGCACAAAGAGCCGCGGACUGUUCCGCGAUGCCGUCCUUGAAGCGAAAACCAUCUUGUGGAAUGGCCCCCCUGGCGUGUUCGAGUUCCCGGCCUUUGCUGAAGGCUCCAAGGCCCUACUCGACGCUACCAUCCUGGCAGCUCAAAACGGAGCAACCGUGAUUGUUGGUGGGGGAGACACCGCCACCCUUGCGGCACAAUACGGAGCAGAAGAGAAACUAAGCCACGUCAGUACUGGUGGAGGCGCAAGCUUGGAGCUCCUCGAGGGCAAGGUUCUCCCUGGUGUGGACGCGCUCAGCGAGAAGCAGAAGCAGUGAGCAGACGCAUGGAAUAGAACUUGUUAGAUGCGGAAUUACUGUAACAUUUAUCCUUGCAUUCAGUUUUGUCGUCGUAGAAUUAUUCUGUCAUAUCCAGUUUACUGCAGAGGGGAAUUGACCGCGCAUAGACG